AUGGCUCAGCCCCAGUCGCAGGUGCCGGCGCGGGCCUAUUCGCCGCCGCAGCCUACUCCUUCGCCAGCGGGCUCUCAGUCGGGUUAUGCGCUCCCGCCCAACAAGCGAGUCGGAGCAUCCUCACAACCCGGCUCGCCGUAUAUGGCAACAUCUUACGCUGCAAGCCCCGGCGCGGCUGGCAGUCCUCCCACGGCCGGCUCACCUACAUACGCGCAAACGCCUCCCGUGCAGGGUGGAUACAACACUCCUUAUGCAAACGGCACGCCCGUAUAUAACGUUGCCGAGGCUCGAGCUGCGGCUGCAGCGGCUGCAGCCGCGAAUGCGAAUGCGACGAUUUCUCCGAUGCAACAACACCAACAGAUUCCCGCGAUGAUGACGCCCUACACGAACGCAACACUUAUGCCUGCUAUGCAGCAAGGGCAGCAGCAGAUGCAACAGAACGUCAUGGGGCCCCCUCAACGACCUGCAGAGAGACCAGCUAAGGACUAUGAAUACGACGUGACAGACUCGCUCGCAGGAACCGGUAUUGAUUUGCGCGCCGAAGAACAGUAUAUGUCCGAGCUCUAUUCCAAUGCGAUGGACGGAAAUCAAGACGCACGCACGGGAUUUGCUGUGUAUCCGCCGACUGGCGCGAACUCGUUCUAUGGUGCCGGACCUGCAAGCCAGCCUGCGGAAAUGAUUAAAGACCAGUCUCAGAAAGAUUAUGAGGCUCAUGUCGCAGAGCGUCUUUGGAAGGAAUCGGCUAUGAGAUUGGCAGCUCAAAGAACGCAGGAGAUAGCGGACCCUUUCCUCUUUGUAGCGAUUAUGCAUCGCCGAGCGGAUAAGAUUGCGCGUGAGCAUCAUCUUGGUCUUAAUCUCGAGCUUCGCGGCAACACUUAUGCGCCCGGAAAACUGCGCCACCCUGAUCAAUUCCCUACUCCAUCUGUGAACGUCAAGACUCAGCCAGGGCCGGACUCGACAAUGGUCAGCACCACCGGAUCAUUCAUACCGCACGACGCCUACUUGGUUGACCAGUUUGCGCUGCUGUCAAUCAGUACCAAGCAACGAUUGCGAGAACUUCUCGAGGACGCAAAUGCGAUUGCACUCAAUAGACAAAAGACGUCACAUGGCGAUAUUCCAGAGGAAUGGGCGGCCGCUGCGGCGCCUAUGAACAAGGAAGUGCUUGAAGUUGUAGAGGCACCAAAUGCGGAGGGCAGGUCCGAGGUCGGCGACGGCUCUCUGAAGCGCACUUGGGAUCAAGCGAACGGUGAAGUGAAUACGAAGCCCGCGAAAUUGCCGAAAAUUUCUUCAUACAUGACAGUUACCAUGCGUGAGCUGGCCAAGCGGGAGCGCGAGUGGGAGGAGGCUCGUCUACGAAGGCGUCAAAAGAGAAAGGAUGGCACCCUCGAAACGACGACGGCUGGGCCAAAGUCUGGCAGCGCUGCUCCCGGAACACCUGGAACAGUUGCGCCAGAGUCAGACAAGGCGAUGACAAAGAAGGAGCAAAAGAAGAACCAAGCUAUGAAAGCGGCGGAAGCCAACAGUCACGCGAACCAAAACUUGACGAGUAGCAUGUUUGCUGGUCUGGGAGGUAAAAGUGGACUGUUCGGUAAGAGCAAACGCAAGACUUACGAUUGGAUGAAUGUCGGCCGAGGAGGCAGCGGAGCGAGCACACCAGUCAAGUCUAGUAGCGAUGGCGGCAAGGUGGUCAAUGGCAUGGGACCGUCGACGCCAACCAACUUGGCACUGACGACAGAGGGUCGAAACCGUCUCGGUACCUGGCGUGAGGACAAGGAAAAGGGGAGGAACAUUCAGCUACGCGACUGGAUCGCAGUCUUGGAGCGAGAUGGGCGAGAAGCGCAGAUGCUCCAACACGCAUAUCUGCAACUUGAUUCAUCAAACCCUAGAUAA